AUGACCGAGCCAGCGACCAAGGUCGAGGGAUUGCCCAAAUUUUCCCGGCACAUCACCACCCACAAUGCAGAUGGCGUAGCAAUAUUCGCAACUGCUGACCCUUCCGACCCAAGCUCUUCUGCUGCAGGGUCCAUAUCCCCAGAUCCUACGUGGUCGAAUUUUCCGACUUCUGGAUUCGGCCUCGCAUACGCAACGGACACGAUCCCAGCCAACUUCAACGGCAAUUCUGAUUUGGACGCCUACAACGGGUACCUGCAGAAACACCCAGGCAUCACCAUCAAAGGUGGAUCAGUGUGCCGGGUUGUUGACAUGGGUCCCGGCGCGACGUCGCCCAUGCAUCGCACCGUCUCGAUCGACUACGGUGUCGUGCUGGAGGGUGAGGUGGAAUUGGAGCUGGACUCGGGCGAGAAGAGGCGUCUUACAAGAGGAGACAUCUUUGUCCAGCGAGGGACGAUGCACAUGUGGAGGAACCCCAGUGAUUCCAGGCCAGUCAGGCUGCUGGCGAUCCAGCUGGACAGCAAGGAAGUUGAGAUAGAUGGCAAAGGAGCCUUGACUGAACAGUUUCUGUGA